AUGGAACCAAUCGAUGUUGUGGUCGAGAACUACGACCAGCAUUACGAGGCGACGGCCAAAGGUCUGCUACUCUCCUCGAAAUCUUUGCUCGGGUCCGCGGUACCAUACAGUGAGAAGUAUGACUGCCAUGUUCGUACCAUUGCCAUCGGCAAAGACACGAGCUAUCACAUCAAACCGGUAGGCGGCGCUCGGCACCACAGACAACAACAGUACUCAGUACAGUACACCAUCACCGAAGGUCCAAUGAAAGGAUUCCAAGCAUUGGUCCUCGUGCCCUCUGGCUUCUUUAGGUUGCUGGACCUUCCCACUGAAGUCCGCGACAUGAUCUACGAGACAGUAGGCGCCGAAGGCACCACCAAGCUGAAGCUGUACAGGCGCAAGGCUCCUGGCGGGAGUAAGGUUGUCGGCGCGGAAUACGAGCUCCGCUCUAAGACCUGGAAGGAGAAGCGCAAGUGGGACGAGGAGCUGAAGAAGUGGAUCGACAAGGAACGACGGACGGCGCUCAGUCUGCUUCAGGUCAGCAAGCAGGUUUACAAUGAAGCCUUCAAGGUCCUCUACCGCUCGCGUCGCUUUCGCUUUAGCUUUGAAUGCGACGGCACGCUGUCUCGGUUCUUCGAAUUGAACGAAAAGUGCGCCCAGCACAUCACACACAUCGUGCUUCGUUCCUCAAGCAAUAACCAACGAAGCAUGGAAGCACUCGCCAAAGCACGGCCAAAGUCGUUACAGAGACUCGAGAUCGACCACUGGGCAUUCUUGGACACCAUUACCGAGCCUAUGGAGAAGCAGGUAGCCCUCCUGUUCAAGACAUUCACCCAGUUGUUCGAUGCGGUCUAUCUCGCCCGCCAGAGGAAGGGAAUCACUGCUGGCAUCGACGAGCUGUUGAGGGUCCGCCAUCGCCACUGCCCGCCCGACGCGAAGUGCCAGGAGUUUGAUGAGCAGCUUCCGAAGUUGAUCAAGGAGGAGUACCCCAUGAGUACAGGCCGGGGCGAGAAAGGAGGCUGUGGCACAGAAUAG